CGUUUGAAGUUUAAAAAAAUUUGACAGGAAAAUAUUUAACCGUAAUUUUAUUUAUUUUACUUAUUUGACUAUUUAAAGUUAAAUAACAGUUUUUAAACGUUGUUCGAGAGUGAAUAACCUUUGUACUAUCGUGUGUGGCUUGUAAUUUUUGAAAAAUUUGUUAAUUUAUCGUUACUUCACAUCAGACUAUGAAAUGUCUGCCAAAUCAACCCGAAAACUAAACAAACACCUAAAGCACAAAAACUCGCCGGCCGUAUUUUUCGGUGACGAUGACGAACCGUCGAGUGGUACCACUAGUGAAAAAAGGGUCCGAAGAAUCAGAAGAACAGCCGACAUGAUUUGCUUCGAGACCUCAACACACGAAAACUUCAUAAAAAGCAAAAUAAACAAGUUGUCGGGAAAACCAUCACUCUCGUCAGCAAUAAGUGAAUGUUCACCUCCAGGUCUUAAGAAAGCAAGCAUUGUAAACAAUCUAAGCACUGAUUUUCCCACUGAAAAAAUUACAAAUGAUACUUGUGGUGGGAAAAGAAAAAUUAUUAAAGCCAAAAGACUUCUAAAAAAUAACAACAACAACAAACAAAACCUAGAAGAAAUACAAGAACACCAAAACGCAACUGAGGAGAUUACAGACACACAAAUAGCUUUAAAUGAAGAAGAAAAUGUACAAACAAAUGAACAUUUAAUUGAUGUUGAUGGUAUGAUGGUGAAAACACUCCCAAGUCCAAUAGCCCCAUCUGAAAGCAGCAUAGAAAUCAACACCAGUGAGUUAAGUCUCAGCAAGCAUUUACAGUUCAACUCAUCCAAAGAAGAGAUUCAUCCAUCAACUAGUGGUAUUGUGGACCCACCUAAAAGACGCACGUACGAGCUUGAAGACAGUACUAUUGACGUUUCUUUGUUAAAAUCAAUUUCUGAAAGAGACUCCACCAGAAUGAGUUCUUUGCCAAGUUCAGAGGAUUCACAGUACCAAACACCAUCCAGGGUAACAAUCAGACGAAAAUGGAACAAACCUCAACGUUUGUCAGUUAGCUUGAGUGACACUCCAAGCUGGAUUAAUAACAAGUCAUCAAAAAAGUCUGUUAGUUUUUCAGACAACUUUAAGAAAGAGGAGUCACAAAGUACGGUGUCAACUUCAAAGAAGCAUGUGUCAAAGGUAAAAAUUCCAAAUUUUGCAGCUAUUCAUGCAAGAGCUUUGGAAAAAAUUGAAGAUAUAACAGAGUACAAACAGCGGAAAGAAAACAGGGCUAAAAUGUUAUUAUCUGGCGCCAAACCAAAGAACUUGCAAAAAUCAUCAAGUACAAAAAAAAGUUCAAGUGUACAAAAAUUAUCCAGCAAAAAGGAAAGUUGGAAACAGUUAAGAUUUGCACCUAACACAACUUUAAAAGAAAAGUCCCCAACUUUUAUUCCUUUGCCGUCAACGCCUAUACCCAGAAAUACAAAACAAACAAUGAAAUCACCACUUUUUGAAACUGAGUUUCCAAAGUUCAAUUUUGUAUUUUCAAAGGAAAACAGGUUUAAUGGAAGUCCUGCGUUUAAACAAGCAGAGACGCAAACUGUGCAGAUUAAAAAUCACCAAGAUGGGCUUAAAAAAUCUAACUUCGUUUUUUCAAAGAAAAACAAGUUUACUCACAUUCCUGUCUUUAAACAAGCUAAUGUUGAAAAGAAAAUCUUGGCGGUGAAGGACUGUAACAUAAAACAGACUUUCAAUGUACAAAAACAAACACAAAUAAAAUCCAUUGUUACCAAAAGCAAGCCAGUUAAGGACGCUUUGGAAACCAGAAGAUGCGCAAUUAAAGGCGUUCGGUCAAACCGGAGGUUUGAGCUGUUGAUGAAUAUGAGAAAGGGAAAAUGAAAGCAAUACAAUGAAAUGACGCUUUUAUUAAUUUAAGUUUCUAUGUAUUUUUUUUAAGUUUUUAUUGUAGACUCGUCAAAAUACUUAUUAAACUUUUUCCAAUGA